AAAAUUCCAGGACUUUGGGCGGGCGGAGAGCCACAGGUAAACUCCUGGAGUGCUGACUUUGUGCAUUACGGCGUGCGGUAUCACCGAGUGAUGGGAGGUAAAGAGAACUACAUCGAUGAGCACUGCCAGCUGAUCAACCAUGGAGAGGAGAAUGAGAUGCAAAUGUUUGCAUACAAAAGCCAGCGAUGUCGGCAGGCCCUGUGUAUUGUGGGAGGUAUCUUCACCUGUGGUUUCCUCUACCUGCUCUUUUACUGGAAGCCGGAAUGGAAUGUGUGGGCCAACUGCACCCCCUGCAGCUUGGAGGAGGCUGACGUUGUGCUGCUUAGAACCACAGACGACUUUAAGAGUUACACCCGCAAAGUGGUUCGGUGGGUGUACCUCAGUCCCGUAAGUGACAGGGAGAGGCCUUUAUUUCAGGACCAGGGUUCUGUUCUCUAUAAAGUCACCAUGUAUCCAGAGCUGAAGGUGCGUUAUAUUGAGGCUCAGAAAUUACGCUAUGCCUGGGAUCGUAUUGAGUGCAUGUUUGUCAGACUGGGGGGGCUGGAUGACAGUCUGUCCUGCAAAGACAUCCACUGGAAAUAUGGGAAGGGGCUGUGUGAAGAAGAGGAGAAUGUCAGGAGACUUAUUGUGGGACCCAAUAGCAUCAACAUUCAGAUCUCUCCCAUCUGGAAGCUGAUGUUUAAAGAGAUCUUGAAUCCCUUCUACGUCUUUCAAGUGUUCAGUGUCUGCCUGUGGUUUGCAGAAGACUACAUGACGUAUGCCAUUGCCAUCAUCAUCAUGUCAAUCAUCUCCAUCAGCCUUUCUGUCUAUGAUGUCCGGCAGCAAUCUGUGAAACUACAUAAGCUGGUGGCAGAGCACAACAGCAUGAAUGUCAAAGUCUCCCGAAUGGGCACAGGUUGGGUGGAAAUCCCAUCAAACCAGAUGGUUCCAGGCGAUAUCUUCCAAAUUAUUGGAAAUAAACAGAUUCUCUCUUGUGACGCCAUCCUGCUGUCAGGCAGUUGCAUUAUUAAUGAAAGCAUGUUGACUGGUGAAAGCGUCCCAGUGACUAAGUCAGCUCUUCCUCAGGAGAGUGCAUCAGGCCCAUGGAAGGAUAGCAGUCCUGAAGAUUACAAGCGUCAUGUGCUGUACUGUGGAACUCAAGUCAUCCAGAUCAAGGCAGCUAGUGGCACUGCUGUCCAAGCAGUGGUGCUGCGAACAGGGUUCACAACAGCAAAGGGAGAACUGGUUCGUUCCAUCCUGUACCCCAAGCCCACCGAUUUCAAGUUAUACAGAGAUGCUACCCGUUUCUUAAUGUGCCUCAUUGCAGUCGCCCUGAUUGGAAUGAUCUACUCCAUAAUCAUCUGGACCAUCAAUAAGGCAUUUGCGGGGGACAUUGUAAUGGAUGCCUUGGAUGUGAUCACCAUUGCAGUUCCCCCUGCCCUUCCUGCUGCCAUGACUGUUGGCAUCAUCUAUGCUCAGGGGCGUCUGAAAAAGCGUGGUGUGUUCUGCAUCAGUCCCCAGAGGAUAAAUGUCUGUGGUCAGAUGAACCUGGUGUGUUUUGACAAGACAGGGACACUGACUGAGGAUGGACUGGACCUCUGGGCACUGAGUGAGGCAAAGGAUCAUGGCUUUGCCCCAUUGUUAGAAUUCCAUUUGGAUGCUUUUCUUCCUUGGAGUCCAAGCUGUGCUGCCAUGGCAACCUGCCAUUCACUUAUUACAAUUGAUGGUAACAUUCAGGGAGACCCACUUGACAUCAAAAUGUUUGAAGCCACAGGCUGGGUGAUGAAUGAAAACACAGAAAAAUUUCAAAGCACGCAGAGAGAUCCCCUCAGCCUCCUAGUGAAGCCCGGUCCAACCUUAAGGGCACCAGUGGAUGGCAUUCUAGUUCUCCAGCAGUUUCCAUUUUCAUCCAGCCUGCAGCGGAUGUCUGUGGUGACCCAUGUGCUGGGUAGUGAUGAGUUGAUCCUGUACAUGAAAGGUGCACCAGAGAAGGUGGCCAGUCUGUGCCAACCAGAGACAGUCCCCUUGUCCUUCUCUUCCCACCUUGCUGUCUAUACUCAACAGGGUUUCCGGGUUAUUGCUUUGGCAUACAAAUCACUUGGUUCAUCUGAGGACAUCAGCCUCCGCAAAAUCUCCAGAGAGUCAGCUGAAAUGAACCUCAUCUUCCUGGGACUUCUGAUCCUGGAGAAUCGUCUGAAAGUCGAAACUGAGCCAGUGCUGCUAGAGUUAAGGAAUGCCCGCAUUCGCUCAGUCAUGGUCACAGGUGAUAACCUUCAAACAGCUGUGACUGUUGCCAAAAAUUCUGGUAUGGUGCCCAAAUCCAGUAAGGUCAUCCUGGUGGAAGCUGCUCCUGCAACCGCAUCAACACAAGCCUAUGUGUCCUGGAGUUUGGUGGAAGAGCCCAGACAAAAUUAUGGAGCCAUGGAAAGCCACAUCAUUAUGGAGCCUAUAACUGAUUACCAUUUUGCCAUGACAGGGAAAAGCUAUGAGGUGCUGCUACAACAUUUUUACCACCUGGUGCCCAAGCUGCUGCUUAAUGGUACAGUCUUUGCCCGCAUGGCUCCUGGACAGAAGGCGAAUCUUGUAGAGGAGUUCCAAAAGCUUGAGUAUGUGGUGGGAAUGUGUGGAGAUGGAGCCAACGACUGUGGGGCACUGAAGAUGGCACAUGCAGGCAUUUCACUAUCAGAGCAAGAGGCAUCUGUGGCCUCCCCGUUUACUUCAAACAUACCCAAUAUUAAAUGUGUCCCACUGCUUAUCCGGGAGGGCCGUGCUGCCUUGGUCACUUCUUUCUGUGUAUUCAAGUAUAUGGCACUAUACAGCAUGAUCCAGUACAUGGGGGUGUUGCUUCUCUAUUGGGAACUCAAUGAUUUUGGUAAUUAUCAGUUUCUGUUUGAAGACCUCGCUAUCACUACGGUUAUUGGUGUUACAAUGAAUCUCAACCAUGCCUACCCCAAAUUGGUGUCCUGGCGGCCUCCUAGUCAGCUCAUAUCUCCCCCAUUGCUCCUUUCUGUAGUCUUCAAUACCUGUCUUAGCCUAGCACUGCAGACAUUUGGAUUUGUGAUGGUGCAGAAGCAGGAGUGGUACUCAAGGACUAACCUGCUGAGUGGCUGCCCAGUUUGGAAUGUCUCCAACACCUCAAGUUUUCUCAGCAAUGACGGUUUCCAAAGUUACGAGAACACAACUGUCUGGCUGCUGUCUAUCAUUAGCUGUAUCUCGGUAGCCUUCAUUUUCUCUAAGGGAAAGCCAUUCAGGAAGCCCUUCUACACAAACUAUAUCUUCAUGCUGGUGCUGCUGGUUCAACUGGGAGUAUGCAUCUUCUUCAUCUUUGCAGACAUUGCAGGUCUUUAUUAUGCAAUGGAUAUGGUCUGCACUCCACUCAUAUGGAGAGGCUACAUUGUGAUCAUGUUGCUUGUCAACUUCUUGAUCUCAUUUUUUGUGGAGGAGGUGAUUGUUGAGAAUCGUGCCCUGUGGCUGUGGCUGAACCAGUGCUUUGGGAUCAAGUCCCGCAGCCGUUACCGCGUAUUGCAGAGGACACUGGAGGGUGAGCCCAGUUGGCCUCCCGUGGCAAAGACUGAGUUUUCUCAUCCAGCAUCUCUCCUGGAGAGGGACAAUAUGGUCUUCCAAAAUGCAGCUUUUGAACACAGUCAGGAAGAACAACGUCCUAACUGGCAAGGUGCUAGUACUGGUAAUGCCCACUAGGGUGAGGAUGCAAGUUGGUGGAAGCAGGUCUUCCAUAGCAUGACUGACUCCCUUUUACAAUAAGACAAGAAGACAGACAUGUUUUGUGUCCACACAACACCCCCUCUGGGCAAGUGCCAUGUAUCUGAAGGGUGAAAAAAUUUCCUGAGUUGUGAGUUUCAGAAACUCAUAUGAAUUGUUAGCAAAGACUCUUAGUGCCCAGGCUGUGCUGCAUCUUCUCAAAAUAUGGUAAAUAAAUCAAUAAGGAAUAAGGAAUGAAUCAAUGCAAUGUCUCCUCCUUUCUCCAUCAUGGUUAUACUCAAUUUGUGUCUUGGACUGUUAGAUGUGUGCCAGUCAGUGUGACAGUCAGUCUUCUGGUGAGGUGGUGGUCAUUCUUAGGUUAUACAUAGUUAACCACAGUGAUGGCUGCUGUUGGAUUUCACACCAUGUUAGUCAAAGCAGCAAUCACAUCAGUGAGAAUGACAAGCUCUUAUAGAUUCUUACUUCUAAAUUAAGAAUGUUAUCAAGAAAGUAAAUUUCAUAUUUCACUAUGCAUGACAGUGAUUUUUAAGUUGUACUUCUUAGAACACAGUGACAAUUAAUUGUGUUUCAAAUUUAUUAUCAUUUGCUCUUGGUAAGCGUAAUUGUUAUUGUUUACAGGC